UGGGUAUAUUGGGGAACGCCUCCCGCCUUCAAGGUUGUUUUGAUUUUGGAUGCUGUUGUUUUUAUUUAAUUUUUUGCGGGUGUUGAAUUUUUUAUUUUUUACUUCAGUAAUUGCGAAUGUUGUUGUUACUUCAUUUUCGCUGUCACUUCCUCUAUCUGGGAAGUUUUCGAAGCUUUUUUGGUUAUUUUGCUGUUCUUCAGCUUUCUCAGGUAAUUUUCCGUGAAUG